AUGGAAGUCCGCGGUUUUCCUCUACCCAAGAUAGAGCAGUCGACGCGUCCAUGGUGGGGGCACACGUCGCCUCCACCGCCUCUCCCCUCCCAUGCCUCUCUUCCCCCUCCCCUCAUUCCACCCACUUCCCCCUUCUUUUCUUCCCCCCCGCCGAUUUUCCCCAUCCCUUGCGAGCAGGACUUCGCAGCCAAUGAGCUGCUGCCACGUGCGGCAGAGUGGGAUGCGCAGAAGCACUUCCCAGUGGACGUGCUUCGCAAGGCAGCAGGGCUGGGCUUUGCUGCUCUCUUUGUCAGAGAAGACGUGGGGGGGUCUGGGUUGGGCCGGGCUGACGGGGCGGUGGUAUUUGAGGCGUUGGCGCAUGCUGACGUCAGCACGACGGCGUAUCUCACGAUCCACAACAUGAAUGCGAGCAUCAUCGACAGGUUCGGAUCGGAGGAGCAGCAGCAAAAAUGGCUACCAGCCCUGGCAACAAUGGACCUCUUCUCCUCGUAUUGCCUCACAGAGCCUGGCAGUGGCAGCGAUGCUGCUGCUCUCAAGACGACGGCGAGGCAGGCCACCGGCUCUACAGAUUACAUUCUGAAUGGAUCCAAGGCGUUCAUCAGUGGAGCAACGGCUUCUGAUGUGUAUGUGGUGAUGGCGCGCACAGACGGGGAGGGGCCUAAGGGGAUAUCAUGCUUCCUGGUGGAGAAGGGCAUGCCCGGGUUAUCAUUCGGGCAGCUGGAGAAGAAACUCGGAUGGAACUCACAGCCCACUGCUGCGGUCAUUUUGGAGGAUGUGAGGGUGCCGGCAGCAAACCUUAUCGGGGGAAGGGGCAACGGCUUUCGAAUAGCAAUGACUGGGCUGGAUGGUGGGAGAGUGAACAUUGGUGCAUGCAGUGUGGGAGGGGCGCAGUUCUGUCUUGAGUAUGCUCAGCAGUAUGCAACGGACAGGAAACAGUUUGGCAAGCCAAUCACGGCCUUUCAGAACACGCAGUUCCAACUGGCUGACAUGGCAACAGCAGUGGAGGCAUCUCGCCUGAUGGUUCGCAACGCCGCCACUGCCAUUGAUGUGAAAGCACCCUGGGCCACCACGGCUGCUGCCAUGGCCAAGAGGUGA